GUUAUCUCUCUCUAAGUCACAGCUUUAUUCUCUUAUUCUCUCUUCUUUGCACGAUUUGCAUUCAUAGUUUUAGGCGUGCGCCGAAAGAAAACGAUCAAAUCUUUUAAUUUCUCAGCCCUUGGUUUAAGCGCAUUUUUCUUAGAAAAACCCUAGAGCUCCGAUAGAUCCCCUUGCGUUUUCGUGAGCAGAUUUCAAGCCACCUGCAAGCCAACGCCAAGCUUCUACAUGAAAGUAAGUUACUUCAAAUGGUUCAGCAAACCAUAGAUUCUAAAUUCAGUGAAUAUGGGAUGGGCAAUUCUGAAACUGACUUGCCUACUGGUGAUAAGCAAUUACCAGUUGCUAUAAAGAAGACAGUGUUGAGGGAUCUGCAAAACAAUAAUAUAAUUACAGUUCCCAAUUCUAAUGGAAACUCUCCUUUACUAAAGGAUAGAGGACCUAUCACCGAUACCACUAAACUUUCUGGCACAAAGAGAGCCUCACCUGAGUGCCCAGAGAGCCCUUCUCAACACUAUUCUCCUAACAAUAAUUCCCCGAAUGGGCAUCUUGUCUAUGUCCGCAGAAAGUCGGAGGCGGAAUUAGGCAAGAGCAGCACUUGUGAUAGCGCAAACAUCAAUACUAAUUCUUCAACUAUAAGGCAACUUGGUCAGCAGCAGGAGACCACACAACCUACAUCUCAAAUUAAGGAGCCAAAAGUAUCUUGUUUUCCAGCAAUCGCCCCUUUUACGGUGUCUUCUUCCAUGAUCCCAUCUGGAAAACCCUCUGUUCCUCCUCCUCCCGGAAAGUCUGGUAUGAGGUUAGCGUCAGCAGAAUCUGAUCAGCUUCCUGUUGCUUCUGGUACCCCAGCAGAACCCACCCAUCAACCCCGUGUUUCCGCAGCCCCAACAUUGGAUAAUCUAAAAGCAUUAAGAAAUCUGCACUGGGAAGAUCGUUAUUACCGGCUACAGUUACUAUUGAAGAAACUGGACCAAUCACAGCAAGAGGAAUAUGUUAAGAUGCUUCGGUCACUCUCCUCAGUUGAGCUAAGUAGACAUGCGGUUGAGUUGGAAAAGAGGUCAAUUCAGCUCUCACUAGAGGAAGCAAAAGAGUUGCAGCGGGUUGGGGUUCUGAAUGUUCUAGGAAAACCAUUGAAGCCGACAAUCUUACCCUCAACUUAUCAAGACCGGCAGGAGAAGUAAGAUGGUCUCCGCUCCACCGUCCCAGCCUUCAGGAGGAGGGGGUUUUAGGGUUUUCAGUGCUGAAGCCUGAUAAACUUAUGCCAACUUGUUUUUUUUUUUUUUUUUCAUGGUCUUAUCUGCAAGUCCUGCUGUUUCCCUGUUUUGACUACACUAUUCAUCUUCUCGGUAUGCAAUGAUUUUCAGCCGUCAGGGUGGAAGCUGGUGACGAUUAUUACCUGCACUUGGAGCAGCGUUUUUCACAGCAAUGCAAUGCCUCAUUUGCAGUAUGCUUGUUAGUCUUUAGCUUUCAUCUGAUGGUUAUUUUCAUCAAUGGCCAUAAGAAUAUUCACUUAUCUCACUCCGGCCCUCCAACAUUUAUUAUUAGCUGAUAUACCUACCCCAACGUUUAUGAAGUGUAGUUUUGAUCUCUCUAUUUUUAGAUGAAAUCUAACACGAGGAUUGCACGUCAGGUUUUAAAAAGGGAUAACAAGGUGAAAAAAAAGAAGUAUAGUUUUGAAACGAAGUUCUAUUUCUUUUUUCUUUUGGAACUUUUCAAAACUACAUUUUCUCCUCUUUCUUCCUUUCUUUCUUUUUUUAGCCAUUUUAUCUGUUUUAAAAUGCUCCUGAACAAUCCUUAUGUUAGAUUUCGUUUGGAAAUAGAAAGUUUAUUAAUAGAAGGAUCAAAACUAUAUAUUUUAUAAAUGUCGGGUAGGUAGAGCUUUAACAAUAAAUAUUGGAGGAUUAGAGUAAAUGAAUAUUCUCAUGGGCCAUUGGUGAAAAUAACGCAUCUAUAGUCAAUCGAAGAUAUUAUGAUUGGAAGACUUGUUGUACUAAUGUCCUAUGUCAAAACAUAAUAACUAAUUAUUUGUGUAUAGUUAUCUUUUGCUUAUGAACUCUUUAAUAUAAGAGGUCAUAACCCGGGUUAUUAAUAUAAUAUAUACUUUU